GUUUCUGAAUUCAUAUAUGGCAGAAUUAUUAGGGUUUUUAUUGUUAGUGCGUAUUGUGGUCUGAUUCGCUUUGUAAUUUCCAAUGAGGUAAAAUGUUUUUAUAACCUUCUUCCCCAUCCAACUGAUGAAUUGCCGCAAUCAAAUCACUGAAGUUGUGCGGUGAAAUUUCUGUUGACAUUUUCAAAGACUGUGAGGAAACAUGGCCAGCCUUGCUGCCAAGUAUGAUUACCUGGAGAAGUUGACACGUAAAGUGUGUGUGUCUCACAAACAGGAGCCAAAGAAAAGAGCCUAUGUUCCAUUCAGAGGAGGUGGAAAUGAUGCAAAUGAAGCCGCUCCUUCAAAGAAGAAAAAGAAGAACAAGCAAAAGCAAGUUAAAGGAGAUAACGCGAAUGCAAACAAAAACAAACCUGUGCCUAAGGGCACUCCAGCUACAACACCUCCAGCUCAAAGGAAAACUGUCCAAAACGGGACUUCAGUAACACAAAACAAGCCUGGAGGUGCAGCAUCAAAGGACUUUAAUGCUGUUGACAUUCUUCGCCAGAGGCUUCACCAGAAGAUCGAGGAGUCUCGUGGACAGGGCACGCCGAAAGAUCCCUCCUCUGAUGAGGUCAAGAUGAAACGGGAGAAAAGAAAACAAGAAAGGGAAAGGCGGAAGAGGAAAAGAAAGGAGUUUCGAUUGAAAAAGUUAGCAGAUGCUGCAGGUUUGCAGCCAGUAGAUGUCAAAGAAAUAAAGACAGAACCAGAAGAAGACUCUACUGCUACAUCGAGCGUGCCUGCCAAAAAGGAGCAGAGCUUUAUAGUCUUCAACAAGAUGGAGGUUGGAGAAGAUUAUGUAGACAAAGGAACUAAAAUGAUGGAGAAGAAGAAAAGGAAGGUGAAAGGAACGCUGACUCCCCUCACUGGCAAGAACUACAAGCAGCUUUUAACACGCAUCGAGGCGAGGAAAGCUCACCUGGAGCAGCUUAGGGAGAAGGAUGAAGGCAAAGCAAAAAAAGAGGAGGAGAAGAUGAAGUGGACCAAUGUUCUCUACAAAGCUGAAGGCAUGAAGAUCAAAGACAAUGAGAAACUACUGCACGCGUCACUCAAGAAGAAAGAAAAAAUGAAAGCUCAGAGAAAGAAGAAGUGGGCAAUGAGGAGUGAGCAAGUCGUGGAGAAAAUGCAGAAGAGACAGGACAAGCGCAAACGAAAUAUUAAAAGACGCGCUGAUGCCAAGAUUGAGAAGCGCAAACAGAAGGCUAGGAAAAAGGGUCGUGUGCUGCCUGGGGAUGUCAAGAAGGCUGGCUUAUAGACAGAAAUGUAUGAGGAAAAAAAGUUUGUCUUGUGUUUAAGAUAAAAAAAACAUGAAAUUUGUAUUAUAUAUAAAUGACUUUUUGUGUUGUCACUUUUAAGAUGACAGCUUUAUAAAGAGCAUUUUUAUGUCCAC